UGCGCAGCCCAGGCGCUUAUCAACGGAGCAGGGGCGCUGGCACGUAGAAGCAUGCACGCCUGCGCCUCUUCUUCGCCGACAACGGCACCUGAGCUCGGUCGAUGCGGCAGCCAAUUGACCCAGUCAGCGACAGGGAAUGAUCCCGGAUCUUCAGUUUGUCGGCUCCAUUGGCCGAGCCGUGACAUGAAGGAACUGCGCUCACGUGUGCACGUGACAUGGCCACUCCUGGCUGUAUAUGGGCAUCAGCAGCGGCAAGCGGCGGCGGCAAGCGAAGACACGGUCACCCCGUGCCUUCAUCUGCCGUUGACGAGCACCACGCCUUGCUUGUCUUCUGAAAACCUUCACAGCUCUUUUUCAUUCUUUUCUAUUUUAUUACCCUGUACUCUAUCUUUUUACAGUUCCAAGUUUUCUUUAAUACCGUUCCUGUACCCACCCGCUGCAUAUUGCAUAGCCGUGCUAGCAUACACCAACUUCCAGAACCCUUACCACACUUUUUGUCGCCGCUGGCCACAGGGACACCGACUGGAAUCGCACAGAACGAAUUUGUCCUGUCAACAAGCCGCGUGUCUUUUCUAUUUCUCCCACUGCUGCAGGCUCUGACGACAGCAGCUUUCUCUCACACGCACUUGCUUCGUCAUUUCACUCUGUCUUGCUCCUCUUUUUUUGGAUAUUAACAGACAACUGAAACAGAGCAAGCAGCGCU